GAGCUCACCUCUGCCAGUCGCGGCUUCCUCCUUCCGUCCCACCCCUUCCGCACAGGCCGUGUAUUAAGUGGCGGGCGGAGCGGGGCGCCAACUUCCGGUUCGGGGAAGAAAGUUGGGCCGAAGGAGGGGCCGCGGAGAGGGAGGAGGAGGAAGAGGAAAAGGGCCGGGCAGCGGCGGUGUAGGUUGUGCGGUGGCAGCGGCUCUCCCCCGGCGGACGAUGGACAGCCAGGGCAGGAAAGUGGUGGUGUGCGACAACGGCACCGGGUUUGUGAAGUGUGGAUAUGCAGGCUCUAACUUUCCAGAACACAUCUUCCCAGCUUUGGUUGGAAGACCUAUUAUCAGAUCAACCACCAAAGUGGGAAACAUUGAAAUCAAGGAUCUUAUGGUUGGUGAUGAGGCAAGUGAAUUACGCUCAAUGUUAGAAGUGAACUAUCCUAUGGAAAAUGGCAUAGUACGAAACUGGGAUGACAUGAAACACCUGUGGGACUAUACAUUUGGACCAGAGAAACUUAACAUAGACACCAGAAAUUGUAAAAUCUUGCUCACAGAACCCCCUAUGAACCCAACCAAAAACAGAGAGAAGAUUGUAGAGGUAAUGUUUGAAACUUACCAGUUUUCGGGUGUGUAUGUAGCCAUCCAGGCAGUUCUGACUUUGUAUGCUCAAGGUUUAUUGACUGGUGUAGUGGUAGACUCUGGAGAUGGUGUAACUCACAUCUGCCCAGUGUAUGAAGGCUUUUCUCUCCCUCACCUUACCAGGAGACUGGAUAUUGCUGGGAGGGAUAUUACCAGAUAUCUUAUCAAGCUGCUUCUGUUGCGAGGAUAUGCCUUCAACCAUUCUGCUGAUUUUGAAACAGUUCGCAUGAUUAAAGAAAAACUGUGUUAUGUGGGAUAUAAUAUUGAGCAAGAGCAGAAACUGGCCUUAGAAACCACAGUAUUAGUUGAAUCUUAUACACUCCCGGAUGGACGCAUUAUCAAAGUUGGGGGAGAACGAUUUGAAGCACCAGAAGCUUUAUUUCAGCCUCACUUGAUCAAUGUUGAGGGAGUUGGUGUUGCUGAAUUGCUUUUUAACACGAUCCAAGCGGCUGAUAUUGAUACCAGAUCUGAAUUCUAUAAACACAUUGUGCUUUCUGGAGGGUCUACUAUGUACCCUGGCCUGCCAUCGAGGUUGGAACGAGAACUUAAACAGCUCUACUUGGAACGAGUUUUAAAGGGAGAUGUGGAAAAACUUUCUAAAUUUAAGAUCCGCAUUGAAGACCCACCCCGCAGAAAGCACAUGGUAUUCCUGGGUGGUGCUGUUCUAGCAGAUAUCAUGAAAGACAAAGACAACUUUUGGAUGACCCGACAAGAGUACCAAGAAAAGGGUGUCCGUGUGCUGGAGAAACUUGGUGUGACUGUUCGAUAGACUCCAAAGCUUAUUCCCAUCAUGCUCCUAACACUUUCUUUUUUCCUUUAUUGCCAAUCUUUGAACUCAUUCAACUCCAGGACAUGGAAGAGGCCUCUCUGUGUGUGCCCUUUGACUGGGAAGGUCAAGUUUUAUUCUGGUGUCUUGGGGAAGCUUUGUUAAAUUUUUGUUCAUGUGGGUAAAUCUGACUGUUUAAUUCAACCGCUUUCCUACAAACACAACAAGAGGGCAAAGGGUCCUGUCUGCUGCUUUGUUUCUUCUAAGUAGGCAUUUAGGUCAUUCCUAUAGGCUUCCUAUUUUGACUUUACUGCUCUAAUGCUGCUAGUUUUAGUCUUUAGCACACUAGGUGGUAUGCCUUUAUUAGCAUAAGAAAAAACUUUAACAGGAGCUUUUACAUAUUACUGGGGUUGGGGGUGGUUAGGGAUGGGUGGGCAGCCUCUGAACCCUUUAGGGCAUUUCCUCUGUAGUGUGGCACUUUGAGCAGUUACUGCUGCAGCUUUAAAUACCUUAAAGUUUCUCUUAUUAACAUCGUAGGGAAAUGUUAGGUUCAGAACUAAAUAAAGUGUUUUGGGUGGGUUUUUGCGUGGGGAGGGGCAGUGGGUGGUCUUUUGAUUUUGAUUUUUGAGGUUUUUCUCUCUGGGGUACCUAAGAUGAACUUUAUUUACAAUACUUUGAUUUGGCCAUUUUUCUUCUACUUUUGGUCUGCCUGGAACUGUUUCCAUGUGAUAUAAAAGGAAGGUGUAGUAUUCCAUUACCAUGUGGCUUAGGGAUUUAUUUGUUUUUUCAAAUCAAACAUGUUGGCUGGGACUGGACUCCCUAGAAUCUAUCAAUGGAAAAGUAAUGUUUAAAAAUGCUUUUGGUAAUUCAAAUUACAAUUUUAAAAGUGCUUAAGACUGGUGUUUUCUAAAUGCUUCUGUUUAUUCCAGAAUCAUUAAGGUAACCCGGUGCCAAGUACCAUUCUUAUAGAUUAUUCUUUUAUAUAACUGAUCAGUGUUUAUUUAAUAAAACAAGCAGGUACUUAUAAAUAACUGGCAGUAGGUUAUUCUAAUUGUUGAGUUAAAAAUAACAUUGGAAUAUGGGACUUGUUGCCAGUUGGGUAAUUUUCAUCAGGUUUUCUUUUGGUUUGGUUUGAAACCUGAAAGUGUAAAAUUUGACUGUUUAAAAUGAUGGCCAAAAAAAUCAAGAUUUAAAUUUGUAUUUGUACCAAAAACUAAUCAUAAAUGCUAAUUCUCAGCCAUCUUUUAUGCUUGAAAGAAGAAUAGUUGGUAUUUUGUAAAUGUUAGCAAACUUUCCUGCCCAUGUCAGAAAAUCCUAUUUAUGAAUCCUGUCGGUAUUGCUUGGUGCCUGAAAAAAAUAUCAAAUAGUACCCAUAUGUUAGUUCUUUCUAAGUGUAAAAAGUAAAAUAAUGAGAAAUUGUAUCACACUAAGUACAAAAUGCA